ACCAAGAACAAAUGGGCCAAAUUUGGCACAUCAUUUGUGAAGAAGCUGAGCAGAAGAUCAGAAAUAUGAAAGCGACGGCUGGACUAUUGGUGUUGCUCCUCACAGUUUGUCACGCUGAAGAAAAGGCUUGUGAUGGCAGAAAAGAUGGUGUUCAGUGUUACGGAAAGCUGGGAGAGCCAAUGUUACUCCGAUUGAUGGACAAUGCCGAUGCAUUAUUCAUAUAUAUAUGGAAGAAGACCACAACUAUACUGAUGAAGGUAAAUGGUCGUAAGGUGAAUCUAACAGAAAGACGAUUUAGCUUCACCCCAGAAGAAGGACUGAUGAAGAUAGAAAAGUUGGAGAGGAGAGAUAGCGACAAAUAUACUCUCACCAUUUAUAACAACCAGGGGAGACUGAUCAGCUCUCGGACUCUACAGUUGUUUGUUGAAGCUCCUGUCAUUUCCGUCCAGAUUGCGUCCAAAUGUCUACCGCAGGGAGAGCAGCAGGUGUCUUGCUCCGCCGAAGGAGGGGACAAUCCUAAAUACGAAUGGACCCUGGACGGAAAACCACUGCCGCUCACUGAACUCCCUGGGCGGUUUCAAGCAAACAUCACCCUGACGAAGCACCAGUCAGGACAGCUGAGAUGCUCUGUGAGAAAUAACGUCAGUCAUGUCCGGGAAGAAACGAGGAUAUGGACUUGUGUUUUCAUCAACUGCACCUCAAACGGGACUCGCAUAUCUCAGUGGUUGCCUGAAACCAAAAGAAGUUUGUGCGAUGAGCAAAUCAAAGGAAUCGGUGCCCCUCAAAAUUCUGUGCCUGGUGCCAACUCUACUUUGUGUGACCAAAUAACACUCAGCCUGCCUGCAUGUUACUGGCUGAUAAUACAGAACGGCAUCUUGGCACCAACAGUCCUGGUGAUUAUCUUGGUAAUGAUCUUUUUCACUUUGAAGAAAAAGCCAGGCAAGAGACACAGAGCUAAGGAAGACCAGGAAUUGAUGUAUGCUAAUGUUUCAAGGGAAACAAAUGCAUCUCAAGAAAGGGGAAGAGGACCACCAAGAUAGCUUUUCAGAGCCUCCAGAAGGAAUGUGGACUCUAUGGAAAUUUAGAUGUUAAAUUAAUAGUCAGCGAUGUUUAUUUACCCUUUAGUUCAACCUCAACAAGAGUAAAAAUAUAUGUAUAUUUUUUCUGCAGCUGAUUAUACAUGUCAAUGAACAAUAUCUGAGCUUUAGAUUGUAUUAGUUUUUUUUUAACUUGGAGAAAUUCAAAAGUGCAUCAUAGGGUUAAUGUUGACUUCUAUACUGUAAAAUGUUUUAAGUGUUUUUUUAUUUGGGGAAAUUUAAAAUUGCAUCAUGGGUUUUUUGUUAACUUUUUUUAUUUAUUUAUUUAACUUUGGGGAAUUUACAAUGGCAUCACAAGGUUAAUUCUGACUUCUUCUCUGUAAAAUGUUUUAAUUUUAUAUUUAACUUUGGGAAAUUUAAAAGUGCAUCAUAGGUUAAAUUUGACUUUUAUACUGUAAAAUGUGUUGUUUUUAUUUAACUUUGGGAAAUGUAAAAGUGCAUCAUGGGGUAAAUUUUGACUUCUAUACUGCAAAAAAAUAUACAUAUUUCUUUUUAUUUAACUUUGGAAAAUUUAAAAGAGCAUCAUAGGGUUAAAUUUGACUUCUAUUCUGUCAAAUGUUUUAUUUGUUUUUAUUUAACUUUGGGAAAUGUAUUAAUGCAUCAUAGGGUUAAUUUGGGCUUGUAUAGUGUCAAAAAGUUUGUUUUUAUUUAACUUUGGGGCAUUUAAAAGUGCAUUACAGCUUAAAUUUGACUUUUAUGCUGUAAAAUGUGUUGUUUUUAUUUAACUUUGGGAAAUUUAAAAAUGCAUCAGAGGGUAAAUUUUGACUUGUAUACUGCAAAAAAAUAAUUAUUAGUUUUUAUUUAACUUUGGGACAUUUAAAAGUGCAUCAUAGGGUUAAUUUGGGUUUGUAUACUUUAAAAAAAAUAUUUGUUUUUAUUUAAGUUUGGGAAAUUUAAAAGUGCAUCAUAGGGUUAAUUUUUACUUGUAAACUGCAAAAAAUUGUAUUUGUUUUUAUUUAACUUUGGGAAAUUUUAAAAGUGCAUCACUGGGGUAAUGUUGACUUAUAUACUGUAUAAUGUUUUACUUGUUUUUAUUUAACUUGGGGAAAUUUUAAAGUGCAUCAUUAGGUUAAUGUUGACUUAUAUACUGUAUAAUGUUUUACUUGUUUUUAUUUAACUUGGGGAAAUUUUAAAGUGCAUCAUUAGGUUAAUGUUGACUUAUAUACUGUAUAAUGUUUUACUUGUUUUUAUUUAACUUGGGGAAAUUUUAAAGUGCAUCAUAGGGUUACUUUUGACUUGUGUACUGUAAAAUGUUUUAUUUGUUUUUAUUUAAGUUUGGGAAAUGUAAAAGUGCAUCGUAGGGUUAAUUGUGGGCUUGUAUACUGUCAAAAAGUUUGUUUUUAUUGAACUUUGGGGCAUUUAAAAGUGCAUUAUAGGUUAAAUUUGACUUUUUUACUGUAAAAUGUGUUGUUUUUAUUUAACUUUGGGAAAUUUAAAAAUGCAUCAGAGGGUAAAUGUUGACUUGUAUACUGCAAAUAAACAAUUAUUUGUUUUUA